GCAAUUGCGCUACCCAUUCAUCAUCCUAAACUCACCGACCGGAGCACACCAACCACCCUUAGGAAUACCACAGACGACUUCCUACGUGCAACGAUGGCCCCCAAGAAGAACAAGAGAACCGCCGACUCCAUCAACUCGCGCCUGGCGCUUGUGAUGAAGUCCGGUAAGGUCACUCUCGGCUACAAGUCCACCCUCAAGAGCCUGCGAACUGGCAAGGCCAAGCUCGUCAUCAUUGCCGGAAACACUCCUCCCCUCAGGAAGUCCGAGCUCGAGUACUACGCCAUGCUUUCCAAGACCUCCGUCCACCACUUCUCCGGAAACAACAUUGAGCUUGGUACCGCCUGCGGAAAGCUUUUCCGUUGCUCCGUUAUGUCGAUCCUCGAUGCUGGUGACUCUGAUAUCCUCAGCACCAACACCGAGAACUAGAUUCGCAUCGUAUAUAAGGUGGAAGGCAAUUAGACAAGAUACCAAGGCAUGGUACCACACCGUGUUCAUGAUGAUAUCCAAUGAAAAGAUUCACGAGCCACCAAUGCUUUUUUGCCCAUGCACUUCACCGUAUAUCAUGCUUGUCUUUUUCAGUAUUAGCGUUGCGUGGCUCUUCGCAGCAAAGGGGGUAUGAUGUGAGGUUGGUUCUGUUGAUGGCUUGAUUCUAUAGUUAGCUCACGUUGGGCGAAAUCAAAAUGCUCAACAUCUGCAUCCCUUGACUCGUUCUCAUAGCCAGGUAUUGAUGACUCCGGACUGCGCCGGACUGCACAUUCACCUUCGCAUAUUUCCCAGACCCCUGGAACAUGUAGUAUCGGAGGAUUGAAUACAUUAUGCGAGUAGGCCUAAUCCAGGUGGUUUCAGUCUUAUCCUCAAGGCAACGACAUGGUGAUGUUGUUGAAACGGCAACAGUAGCAAAUUCCCUGAUUACCAACCAGGGCGGUGUGAUAAUGGUU